AUGCCACUGACUCGAGCAACUCUUGUCAAUGCACCUCGGUACAAUGGAAAAGAAAGCCUUGCGUCGUUCAUACGAUCAUUGAAUGUUUAUCUGGCAAAGAGGCGAAAAGGAUACUUCCGUACUUGCUCACGGGAUCCGUUCGAGACGCCUACGACAAGAUUCCUGAAGACAUCAGAGAAGGGAGUUGGAACGGCAUUCUUGAUCGUUUACAAGGAGAAUACCACACCGAGACAAUCGGACCUUGAUGGCGCAGGCUGA